GGGAUGAGCUAAAUGAAACAUGCGAAUCGUUGAUGCGACACAGCCAAGUCGCAAGCAAAUACAGACCAACACACAGAAGAGCGAGGCAGAAUGAAAAAUUUUGUGAAUGUUAGAAUGAGAAAAAUGAUAGAUACACAUAAAAAUCGCGCGAUAAUGCUGGUUGGGUUUGAUCAGUGCACUCGUAGACCUUUUGUAUUGUGUUGUACGUAGCUUGCGCGCCAAAAUUUUAAGAGUGCGCGGAGAGUGAAUGUUUUUUUUGGGGAUGUGGGAAUGAGAUAGAGAGACAAAUUUCGCUGCACAUUAACAUAUACAUUCUCACUGCACGGAUUAACACUAGAACCGCCGAUGGGACUUUUUUGUCCCAUCGCACUCGAAAAAGGGGUGUUAUUCCGCUUGCCGUCGUGACAAACUAUUGAAAUUUUCUGACUUUUAUUUAUUUUGAACGAUCUUUUGAAUGCGCUAAUAAAAAUAAUUGUAAUCCAUAUGGUUCUUUAAAAAAAAUCAUUUUUAUCCUAGAACCGCCAUAUGGGACAUUUUUGUCCCAUAAGCAAUUUUAAUUGUGAUGGCUGCAACCCUGCUGUCAACGAGUGAGGGGUUUGCUUCUGCAAGUCUGGCAGCACUGGCGUGUACGCAUUUUGUGACAAGGCAUGUCAAUACGAAUAGAACAAUAAAAGUGCGCGAAAGUAUUUAACUACAUACGUACUUUUACUGUUGCUUACUACGUGCUUAUGUUUUCGCUAUAUUCAAUCGUCUAGUCCAUAAAAGCAUUCUACCGUACACUCUAGCGCAAUUUUAUUAGUAGCACUGGUUCGUCGUCUUAUAAAGAUUUAUUAUACCUAAUUAUGGAGUUUAUUAAUUAUUUUACCAUAUGAAACCCUUAGGAAAUAAUAAACAUGUCUAAAUAUGUGCACAUAACGAAUGGGACAAAAUUGUCCCAUGUGGCGGUUUUAGUAAGGUUGAAAAGUCCGGCGGUUCUAGUGUUAACGGCAUUUUUAGGCGCCACAACAGCUCGCGAGCAUUGACCACACGCGAGAAAGAGAUAGCGCUAUGGAGCGAAAAAGCACGGACGACGGCUGACAUCGAUUGGCCGUCUGACGCACAAACACAUCCAAACCUUCGACAGCGCGCUCAGGUGAGGGGUAUGAGGCGGAGCCAGGGACGGGCAGCUCGACGAGCUGCUCGACAAAUUUGCUGUUGGAGAGAAAAGGAAGGCAUGAUAAAAUUCUCAGAACGGUAUGAUUUCUUCCGUCCCUUUGCGCAGCGGGAACCGCGAUGGCGGGAGGUGGUGAGAGGAUAAAAAGGCCGGAGGACGGAGUCCCGGCCUCUUUUCGCGUCAGUUACUCGGAGAAUAAAUACUAAUUUUGUGAUUUUUCGCCACUAAGAAAUAUCUACGAAACUUUGUUUUGAGUACCUUUUCGCAACACUAAGGUAUAUUAGAGUAUCGUUGUUUUCUGUGUUUAUUUCGUUUACUUUUAGUGAAUUUUGAGUUGUUUUGUUUUGAAUAUUGAAGUGGAUGUUUUCGUUUAUUUUUUUGCAAUGUUAUCUUCUUUGCUAGUUACAUCUAAUCUCCUUUUUUCCGAGUAUGGGGUUUUUUGUAUUGUCGGAUACUUCUUCUUCUUCUUUGGCUCAACAACCGAUGUCGGUCAAGGCCUGCCUGUACCACUUAUGAGCUUGACUUUCAGUGACUAAUUGAUUCCCCCCCAUAGCAGGAUAGUCAGUCCUACGUUUGACGGCACGGUCUAUUUGGGGAUUGAACCCAUGACGGGCAUGUUGUUAAGUCGUAUGAGUUGACGACUGUACUACGAGACCGGCUUAAUUGUUGGAUACUAUUUUUGAAUAAUUGAUUGUGGUGUAGAUUCGAGGUACUAUUGGCGCAACUUCUCUUCUUAUUCUGCGAGCUUCUCUGAUCGUGAUUCUUUUUUCCGUUUGUAUUUUUUUAUUUCAACCUUCAAUCUUCCCAAAUUGGGCACUCUUUAUCAAGUGAUGAAUGGUUUUCACCACAUGCUGUGCAUUUUAAUGGGUUGUUGCAGACUUCAUGAUAUAAAUCGCCGCAUUUUGCACAUGUUUUUUCCCUACUACAAUAUUUUUUAAGUAUGGCCAAAACGCAUACACUUCAUACAUCUCAUUGGGUUAGGAAUGAAAAGUUCUACUCGUUCUGAAAAAUAUCCUAUAUCCACUUUUCUGGGAAGCACUGUAGUUUUAAAUGUCUGAAUGGCCGUUCUCGUGUUGUACAUUUCACCAUUUUGUCCUCUCCUCUUCAUAAUGUAAACCUCUGUAACAUUUUGUGGUUGUAAACCUUCCAAUAACUCUUGUUCAGUCAAGAACUUACAGGCAUCACAACGAAUUACUUCCUUACUCGUGUUUAAAGUUUUGUGCUCGUACACCUUCACUUUCAUGCAGUUAUCGCCGUGGUUUAGAUUUAUAUUGUAUAAUUUCUUGGCUUCUUUGUGAUUUCUCAUUCUCAUGAGCAGUUUGCCGUCUCUCAGCAUGGUGGUUUGUAAUGGCUUUCCUCCAAUCGCCAUCUCCGUCGUCUUUGCGAACAGAAAGGGAUUGUAGUUUGCUAAACUUUUUCCCUUAGUGUCACUCUCCACAACCAUGAACACCUCCUCUGUUUUUUCCUGUUCGUUAAAGUUUAUAUUUAUUCUACCACCUCUCAUUUUCCUUCUUUUUUGAGUUUUUUAUUGUUGUGUCUCCCAAAAUGCCGAAGUAAGACCCGAAGGUCCUACCUCCUCCCGGGUCGUCGACCUACGCGGAAACACUUCACUUAUAAUUUCUUUUCCCACUUAUGAUAUAUGUAAUUAUCUUUUAUUGAUUUAAAUGAAAAAAAAAGAAAAGGGUCCCAAGAAGGGAAUUGCAACACUGUAGAUAUUUUCGUUUGUAUAUUUAUUUAUUUCUCUGAUCUUUUAUAUAAAAUAUAUACGGAAUGGAAAAAAACGGUUUUGACUACAAAGUAACUCGACCACUUUGACCUACGAUUUAACCUGGAGUCCAUCAUCAGUCCAUCCAUCCACUUUGACGCACAAGAUCCUAACCCUAACACAACCCUGACGUUUGUUUACCUAACUGGUAUGACAGCCGUUUGUUUCCCUAACUCGUAUAAUCACGCGGUUCGUCGGCACGGUUACAAAUGUAACAUUCUCCCCACCGGUAUGCUACUUUAGAGGCCUACCUUCGUUGUGCCGACAUCCAAAAGCGCAAAAUUUACAGCUGGUUGCUCAAACAACCCGCUCAUCGUUUGCACCGUCACGCGCCGCACCUGAUGGUCGCUCGUACGACACACCUUGACGAUUCGUCCCUUUGGCCAGCAGUUUCUCUGGUUGUUUCCAUCCGCAAUCAACACCAGAUCCCCCUCUUCUAAUGGUGUCGUCGGCUGGUACCACUUGGUUCGUCUUGUCAGCGUCGGACCUACGCACGGAUGGGAUGGAAUCAUCGAGCGCGAGUGGUGGCUUGCUUCCAUUCGAGCUACCUAAAAUAAAGUGAUUUGGCGUUAACGGGGAUUUAGCCUCGUCUUCAACCGGUACGUCUGUCAACGGUCUCGAAUUGACGAUCAACUCCACUUAACUCAAUCUAGCACGGAGCAGCUCGUCGAUGGGGUUAUGGGGAAGAUCAAAGGACGAAAGCGUCUUCUUUACGGACUGGAAGUUUUUCCCAUGACCCUUCAAAGUGGGGUGAUGCUGGAGGGUUGAACACCCAUUUCGUCCCUGGUUGCACGAAUUCUGCCAUCAGCCGGUCCGAAUCGACUAGUGCGGAUGCUUCUUUAAGCUCACGCGAUGCGCCUACAAAAUUGGCGCCCCGAUCACUCACAAACUCCAGUGGCGUGCCCUUCCUGGCGACGAAAUUGCGAAUCGCAAAUAUGCACGAGUCAGUAGAUAGACUGCUCGCAAUCUCAAUGUGUAUGCCCCUGGUGGUGAGGCAAGUGAACAUCAGUCCCCUCCGUUUUUCGGUUCUCCUGCCCACCGCGACUAUCAUUGGUCCAAAAUAGUCAAUGCCAGUGUAGGAGAAAGGUUGUUGAUAGGCCGCCAAUCGUUGAUACGGGAGGUUUCCCAUCGCAGGAUUCUGAGGUUUAGCACGACGAACCUUGCAGUACUGGCAGCUGUGUCUCACUCGAGUGUAAGCUGUUUUUAGUCGCGAGAGAUGAUACUUCAGCCUUAUCUCGUUUAUUGCAGUUUGGUGAUUCGCGUGUCGGUAUCUUUCGUGGUACCAACUGAUCAGCAGAUCGGUCACAUAGUGUGAACUUGGGAUGAUAAUAGGUCUUUUAGCGUCAUCGCCAACCCACACGCAUUGAUCGAUCCUUCCCUUUAUUCGAAGAACUUCGUAUUUAUCGACAAACGGACUUAGUUUGUACAGUGGGUUCGAUUUUUUAAGUGGCUGCCUCCAUGGGUGUUUUUGCAGCUCACUGUCGUUCAACGGUCGAAUGACAUCUGCAUAUUCAUCACGUUGGUCUUGCCGGUAAAUUGCAUGUUCUGCACCUUGCAAUUCUUCUUGCGUUAGUGCUCCCGAUCGCCUGGCUUCCCUGGAUGUUCCUGAGCGGGAGUUGUGUAUAAAGCGGUAAACGUACGCAACCAGUCUUAGGAGUCUUUUCCACUUAGAAAAACGAGUGAAAUGUAUUACCGGUUCGUUAAAUGCGUGGUGCAGUAAGUGGCGACGCACUUCUUCUUCCGUUUCGCGUAGCUGCACCGUCGUAUCCGACCACUCGCUGGAUGGUUUCCACAGAAACCCAAGUAGCAACCCAAGCUUUUUUCUCCCAGUUUCAACCCCCUCAUGUCCAAAAACUGCCUUCGCUUACUAUUCCUAUCCCGUUUCUACAUUCUACAACGUUGGUUGCGUUCUCGCUCAUCAGGGUGUUAGUCAAUUCUCUCUUGCCACACGAAGAGAAUUCUCCUGCACACUUCGUGUGUUUGAUUCUACCCAUCCCUGUUGAACAAAAGUCAUUUUCUUCCAUCGCACUCAUCUGAGUGUUUGCUCUUUAUAUCCAAGCCAAAGAGCGACUCCAGUGUGCUCUGAACCGUGGAUGUGAGAGUGUGUGUUUGUGUGCUGCGUGAACUAUUUUUCCUGCGUGAAACACUUUCCAUACUGCGCCAUCCGCGGUGUUCUUUCUGCUUCAUCGGAGGACGAAUUGUUAUGUUUAUGUUUAUUUGUCUAUCGAUGGACCAUAAUCCCGAACCAAAGAUCGAUCAUAAGAACAAUCGCAAAAAUCUAUGAUCCUUUGGGGAUUGUGGAUACAGUUAAAGCAAAAGCAAAACAAUUCAUGCAAAGAGUUUGGUCAUUAAAAAGAGAAAAUGGUGACUCAUACGGGUGGGAUGAAGAAAUUCCACAGCAAAUGAGACAAGAGUGGGAAUUGUUUGAGAUGCAGUUAACACAUUUACAAGAAGUACAAGUACCAAAAUGCGUAACGAUAGUAGGAGCACGUAAUAUUCAAAUACACGGAUUUUGUGAUGCUUCUGAAGAGGGUUAUGGAGCUUGCGUAUAUGUGAGGAGCACGAAUGAAGAGGAAAUAGUUUCGCGAUUAUUUGUAUCGAAAUCAACGGUCACUCCAUUAACUACAACACACAAUAGCUAGAUUAGAACUAUGCGCAGCUCAUUUAUUAGGAAAGCUAUUGGUGAAACUCAAAAGGGCCACAGAAGAUCAAUACGAAACAUUUUGUUGGACAGACUCUAGCACAGUAAUUUAUUGGUUGAAAUCGUCUCUAAGUCGUUGGAAAACAUUCGUGGCGAAUAGAGUAUCACAAAUACAAAAUGCAACAAAAGAAUUUGAAUGGAGGCAUGUGCCUGGGAUUCAUAAUCCAGCAGAUGCGGUUUCGAGAGGUAGAAAUCCCGAAGAGAUUGUUGAGGAUAAGCUUUGGUGGCAUGGACCAGAUUGGCUAGUCAAAGACCCAGAACAUUGGCCUAAAAAUACAGAGUCAGGAAACACUUGAGAGACAGCGAAAGAAGAAAAACAAACAAAAACUACAUUAACAUGUAUGGUGAAAGAGGAAAGUUUUAUAAACAAACUAUGCGAGAGAGUAGGCUCAUUCACAAAACUAAAAAGGAUUGUCGCAUAUUGUCAUCGUUUCUUCGAUCGUAAGCGAAUCAAUCGCAAAUCUUAUUUUGAGUUGAGGGAACUAAAACGAGCUGAAAAGACAAUCAUUCGAUUGGUUCAAAAUGAAGUCUAUGCAACUGAAUACGAGUGUAUCAAACAAGGGCAACAAGUAGUGCGAAAAUCACCAUUGAGAGCAAUUACACCAAUAUUGGACAAAGAUAAUGUCAUGCGAGUAGGAGGUCGGUUGUCAAACGCCGACAUAAAAGACGAACAAAAACAUCCUGUUAUUAUUCCAGGAAAGCACUGGAUUGCAGAGUUGAUUGCCGACAAGUACCAUAAGAUACUUCGUCAUGCUGGGCCUCAACUGAUGAUAAACACUAUGCAGUUAAGGUUUUGGAUAGUGGGAGCGCGCAAUGUAGCGAAACGUACAGUUUACAACUGUGUGAAAUGUACUCGUUGUAGACCAAAACUGAUUCAGCAGCCAAUGGCUGAUCUUCCAGAGCAGAGGGUGAGACAAGCUAGACCGUUCUCAAUUAGCGGUGUGGACUACGCAGUACCGAUAAUGGUAAAGGGCACACACCGACGGGCGGCGCCCACAAAAGGCUAUAUUUCAAUAUUUGUUUGUUUCGUAACAAAAGCAGUUCAUAUCGAACUUGUAUCAAAUCUAUCCUUUUCUGCAUUUUUAGCUGCACUGCGUCGAUUCGUUGCGAGGAGAGGGCAUGCUACGGAAUUGCAUUCGGAUAACGGCACAAACUUCCGAGGUGCGAACAAUAAGUUGCGCGAACUGUACAAAUUACUAAAUUCUGAUACACACCAAGACGAGGUUGUAGGAUGGUGCGCCGAACGAGACAAGAAGGAAGUUUACACCCCCAGCUGCACCACAUUUUGGAGGUCUGUGGGAGGCCGCGGUGAAAUCUAGGAAAUUUCAUUUAAAGCGCGUGUUAGGUACAGGACAUUUAACGUUUGAAGAUUUAUUAACCUUAUUAGCCGAAUUAGAAGCAUGUCUAAAUUCUCGUGCGAUAACGGCAAUAUCAGAAGAUCCAAAUGAUGUGGAAGUACUUACCCCAGGGCAUUUUUUGGUAGGGAAUCACUUACAAACGGUCCCGGAGGUAGAUAUCGCAGAUGUGCCAACAAACAGAUUAAACCAUUGGAGACUGAUACAAAAACACAUGCAACACAUUUGGAAUCGUUGGCAUCGAGAAUUCUUAAGUACAUUGCAGAAGUGAGCUAAGUGGAACAAAAAUGCUAUAUCGAUUGAGCCAGGAAGAUUACUAAUCCUACAAGAAGACAAUGUUGCAGUAUGUAAAUGGCCGAUGGCAAGAGUGGUGGAAGGAAAAUAUGGUGUUACACGAGUAGUAACGUUGAAAUGCGCAAAUGGCAAAGAAAUUCGUAGGCCAAUUCAUAGAAUAGCCCCUUUGCCAAUAGAAUCGUAAAUUGAAAUCAAUAAUUGGAAUCAUGUGGAAUUAAGAUGAGGAAUUUUCAAAAUCAAAUAGGAAUAUGAAAAUGAAUUCAAUCAUUACUAAAUAUUAAAAACAUUCGUUUUUGGUGACCGGGAAUGUUGGCGCCAAGAUGGCUGCAAACUUAUAGAAUUUAAGAUUAUAGGAAAAUGGUACAUAGGAUUACGUUAGUAUUAGUGUUAACAGGACUGUCAGGGUUAUGAUGAAAAUAUAAGAGAAUUAGUAGCAAUCAGA